AUGGUGACACCGGCCGUUGUCGAUUCCCUUCCUCAUCGGAAGUGGGGGUGGAGUGGGAAAGGGAAGGCGAAUUUCCCCCAGGCCAGAGACAGAAAACCUGUAAAGGCCUUGCCCAAGGUCCCUCGCUCCGCUGCUCUGACCGUGAGAUGUCCUAACGGCAGCUACGCGGACGUUAUGCGGCGGGCGAGGGAUAAUAUUGACCAAGGGGAAAACGGAAUUGGGGAGGACCGUACCAGGAGAGCAGACACCGGCGUCUUGGUGCUGGAGAUUUCCGAUCCCGAGGGGCAUGCCAGGACGAACGCCCUGGCCGAAAAAAUGUCGGUCCUCUUUGCCGACAAGCAGGACGUGCGCAUCGCGCGUCCGACAAAGAGGGCUGAAAUUCGGGUCCGCGACCUUAAUGACUGGGUUGCCGUGGAUGAUGUAGUCUCCGCGAUGGCCGCCGCCCGGAGUUACGGGUCCGGUAAUCUGAAGGUCGGGGCGAUAAGACUCGGCAGCGAGGGUAUAGAAACGCUGUGGCUACAGUGCCCUGUUACGGUCGCAAAGAAGAUCGUGAACAAAGGACGCAUCCGAGUGGGGUGGUCCUCCGUCCGCGUCGAGGCCCUGGCACGGCGCCCGCUCCUGUGUUUGAGAUGCCUGGAGUUGGGCCAUGUCAGGGCCACGUGCAAGGCCAAGACUGACCGCAGUGGUCUUUGUUUCCACUGA